CAUCCUCUUCUCUCGUGUAGCCUACAGGCUCUCUCCUUCACUCACAAACUCCAGGACGGUGCCGGGGUCAGGGGCUGGGCCAUGUCCCCCCGUUCCACCACCCUCCUGGGCCUGGUGCUCUGUCUGGGUCACACGAUGCACACACAGGCGGGGACCCUGCCCAGUCGCUCCACCAGGGCUGAGCCCGACUCUGUAAGCCCCCAGGGGUGGCCUGUGACCAUUGUGUUCAGGGGCCCUGCUGGGGCUGAGGAAUUCCGUCUGGAGAGGAAGGAAGAUAGGAAUGACUUCAAGGAUGAGAAAACUGUGUUUCAAAUUGGUCCACACCAGACAGAGGCCAGAUUUGGCAUCACCGCUGUGAGUAGAGACGCUGCCCAGCAUUAUCAGUGCCUCUAUUGAAAAGGUAAUCACUGGUCUGAGCCCAGUGAGCCCCUGGACCUGGCGGUGACAGAAGAGAUCAGACAUGGGGAUUCUUGUGUUUGGCGUGGGAACCCAGAAGGAGGCCUGCCGACAGAGCAUCUUUAUAUUCUCAUUGGGGUCCCUGUGGCCUUUCUCCUUUGUCUCCUUCUCCUGGGCCUUUUCCUCCUCCAUCGUCGGCACGAGAGAAAACGGGGGCCCCCAAGAAGCAAAGGUGAGGAGCAGAGGCCCCAGGAGAGGCUCAGCCCCGCUGUUGACGUCGCAGAUGAGACACCAGAUCUGGCCACUGUCGACAGACUUCCUGAGAAGAGUGGGGAAGUGGACACCUCAGCCUCUGCUGCAAGAGGCCCCCAGGAGGUGAUAUAUGCCCAGCUGGACCACCCGGCCUUCACACAGAGGGUGGCCAGAGCUGUGUCCCCACUGUCCACAGAGCCCACAGCCAAGUCCAGCAUGUAUGCAGUCCUUGCCAGAAACUGACCCCAGGCCCACCUGGCCUCUGCACUAAAGACACAGGAAGGCACUCUUGCAAAAGCCUGCAGUGGACAUUUGGAGGGUUUCCCUGUGGGAUCGGCCCUUCCUGAAGUCAUCCGGUCAAUUCUCCUGCUGGCAAGAGCUGGAGUCCUGAGACCCCCCAAUCAACUUCUAGGAGAGUCAUUCACCAUGUGGCCCCUCCCACAAUCAACUAGCUCCUUGGAGAGGACGUGUAGCACUUGUUUCAGAGACUCAGCUGUGGCCCCUUGGAAGUUUCCAGAGAACCAGCUAUAGUGCUUGGCUGUUUCCAGAGACCCAGCUGCAGUCUCUUGGCUGUUUCUAGAGACCCAGCUAUGGUCCUACAGUCGCCCAGCUGAGUCCAGACACGUCCUGUGAAUCCUCCCCUGCCCCCAGAGACCUGUUUUGUCUUCUCAGCUGACUGUACGAACCUUCCUAGAGUUCAGUUGUUGAUCUUGAAUCUGGCCUACACUUAUGCAGCUCAUUGCUGAUACCCUGUUUUCUGGAUCAUGCUUCACGUUGUUCAUCAAUAAAUGUCCUCACAGGCC